GAACCAACCAGCCGAGCCCUGGUGACUCUCCGCGUGGAUCCUCAAGGCUUCUUCCUCUACUGGACCGGCCCGAGUUUGGAAGUUGACGUUUUGGAUAUCAGCUACAUCCGAGACACUCGGACUGGACGUUAUGCUAAGCUACCUAAGGAUCCCAAAAUUCGGGAAACGCUGGGCUUUGGAAGUCCAGAACAACAACCCGAGGAUAAACUUUUGACCGUGGUUCACGGACCUGACCUGGUGAAUGUGAGUUUCCUCAACUUCAUGGCAGUUGUCCAAGACAAUACAGCAAAGAUUUGGGCCGAGGAAGUGUUCAAGCUGGCCACCAACAUCCUCGCCCAAAACGCCUCUCGAAAUACUUUUCUGCAAAAAGUCUGCCUCCCUGACCCACGCCGGCCUUUGAAACGUGAAGAAUCAGAUCAGAUUUCGAUCUGGUUUGAUGGCGAUAAAUCAUUUGAGCCUUGCCGGAAGAUUCUAGGCUGGCAGAAUUCGAACGGAGUGGGGAGGGGCCUGGGAGGUCAUCUAGUCCAACCUGUUGCUCGAGCAGGAAGAGACCCUAGACCAGGGCUGUCAAACUCGAUUUUUUUUCUUUUGUUGUUGCUUUUGUUUGCUUCUUGCAGUAUUCUCAAAAUGUUCUCGGCUGACAAGAAGCGCGUGGAGACAGCCCUGGAAUCCUGCAGCCUGAAUUUCAACAGGAGCGAGUCGAUCAAACCCGAAGAAUUCACCCUGGAGAUCUUUGAGCAUUUCCUCAACAAGCUUUGCCUUCGUCCCGACAUUGACAAAAUCUUGCUGGAGAUCGGAGCCAAAGGGAAGCCGUAUCUCAGCCUCGACCAGCUGAUGGAAUUUAUCAACCAGAAGCAGCGGGACCCCCGUCUCAACGAGGUCUUGUACCCUCCCUUGACGCGGGCGCAAGUCCGCCAACUGAUCGCCAAGUACGAACCCAACCAGCAAUUCCAGCAAAGGGAUCAGAUGUCCCUGGAGGGUUUUGGGCGCUACUUGGGGGGUGAAGAGAACACCAUUGUGCCACCCGAAAAGCUGGACCUGAGUGAUGACAUGACGCAUCCGCUGAGCAGCUACUUCAUUAAUUCUUCACAUAAUACCUACCUCACAGCCGGGCAGCUGACGGGCAAUUCCUCUGUGGAAAUGUACCGGCAGGUGCUCUUAAGCGGCUGCCGCUGUAUCGAACUCGAUUGCUGGAAAGGGCGUCCCCAGGACGAAGAGCCGUUCAUCACCCACGGAUUCACCAUGACGACAGAAAUACCUUUUAAGGUACUCUUUCAACUCCCCUGG